GCCGCUCUCCCCGGAAGAGUGUCCCCUGUCGAGCAUCUGAUUUCCACCACCCGAGGAAGACAUGCUAUUGUCCCUUUACAGUGUUCUGCCAGGGCAAAAUGGCAUUUGAAUCUGACACUGAUGUUCUUCUCUACAAAAAUGAUGAGAUUGGAAUAUUGUGCAGCGGUGAUGUAUACUGUUAUACCAGACUACUGACAGAGUUCCAGAGUCUGAAUGCCAACAGCAUGUCUACUCCCCUUUCGGCAAAGCAGCAAAGACAGAUCCAGCAGCUCUGUGCAAAACGACUACGACGGAUGCCAGUACAGUAUGUUCUUGGUGAAUGGGACUUCCGAGAUCUGACACUGAAGAUGAAGCCUCCAGUUUUCAUUCCUCGACCAGAGACAGAGGCAAGUUGUUAGAAAGGGAAGGUUGCAGCUGUUUUCUACAUGCAUAUAAGUGCCUGCAACCUUCUAUUCUGAAGGAAGCACAAUGGUGGUCAGCUGUUAAGAAGCUUCAGGGAACAUAAAUGGGAACAGGAGGUUCUUGACUUUGCCUUCUCACCUUAAUAAUCAGGGUGCCAAAUCCUUCGUUGCUAAAUGGAGCUUAAAAGUACAGUAAUAGCCCAACACAAAACUGGCAAUCAGUUGAUAUUACUUUCCAGGCCAGGUUCCCGUUGUCACAGAGCUCCAGCCUGCCCACCCAGUUUUUAAACAAGUAAUUAUCCUGUGUGAUGCAAGCAGGG